CUGAGAUGGGGCUAGGAGCGAACGGAAAGGCUUAGUCCUGCUCCGGCCGGGCCCCGGCGGGCUAUGAGCGGCGAGCCAUGCACUCGGGGAACAGCACGGGCACGACGAGCCGCCCGGAGUCCGCGGCGGCGGAGCAGGAGGUGCCGGGUGAGCGGCCUCUCUUCAGCGCCGGCACCUACGAGCUGCUGGCGCUGCUCGUCGCCACCAUCGGCAUGCUGGGCUUGUGCAACAACUUGCUAGUGCUGGUCCUCUACUACAAGUUCAAGCGGCUCCGCACGCCCACCAACCUCUUCCUCGUCAACAUCAGCCUCAGCGACCUGCUGGUGUCCGUCUUCGGCGUGAGCCUUACCUUCAUGUCCUGCCUGAGGAGCCGCUGGGUGUGGGACGCCGCCGGCUGCGUCUGGGACGGCUUCAGCAACAGCCUCUUCGGAAUUGUUUCAAUUAUGACUCUCACUGUUCUUGCCUAUGAACGCUACAUUCGAGUAGUCCAUGCAAAAGUGAUUGACUUCUCUUGGUCUUGGCGGGCUAUCACAUACAUCUGGCUCUAUUCAUUAGCCUGGACUGGAGCACCUCUUCUGGGCUGGAACAGAUACACACUGGAAAUUCAUGGAUUAGGUUGCUCAGUGGACUGGAAGUCGAAAGACCCCAAUGAUACCUCCUUUGUGCUCCUUUUUUUCCUUAGCUGUCUAGUAGCACCUGUUGGGAUCAUGGCCUAUUGCUAUGGCCAUAUUCUAUAUGCAGUAAGAAUGCUUCGCUGUGUGGAAGAUUUCCAGACUGUUCAAGUCAUCAAACUUCUAAAAUAUGAAAAGAAGGUGGCUAAAAUGUGUUUCUUAAUGAUCUCCACAUUCCUUAUUUGUUGGAUGCCCUAUGCAGUGGUCUCCCUCCUGGUAACAUAUGGCUAUAGCAACCUUGUAACUCCAACAGUAGCUAUCGUCCCAUCUUUCUUUGCCAAGUCAAGCACUGCUUAUAAUCCAGUCAUCUAUAUCUUCAUGAGUAGAAAGUUUCGACAAUGCCUUUUGCAACUCCUGUGUUUUCGCCUGAUGAGAUUCCAGAGAACUGUGAAAGAGACACCAGCAACAGGGAACGACAAACAGAUACGACCAAUAGUUAUGUCUCAGAAAACAGGGGACAGGCCAAAGAAGAAAGUGACUUUCAGUUCUUCCUCUAUAAUUUUUAUUAUCACCAGUGAUGACACUCAGCAAGUAGAUGACAACAGUAAACACAAUGGGACAACAGUAAAUGUCAUCCAAGUAAAGCCACUAUAGGCAUGAGCUAAAAAGACAGAAGAAUGAGAUGGACUUAAGCCAGUAGACUGUUUAGGUUGGAGACUAGUUUCAGUGGUGGAGUCUGUGGGCUGCCAAAGGAAACCACAUUCUUAAGCUGUGAAAUACUGAAGGGAUUCUGCAUCUGAAGCUCUGCAGGCAGUUCAGUUUUGGUCACAGUACUGAAAUAUCUACAUCUGUGCUGAUGGCUAUCUUUACUCUGAAUUUUCGCAAAGCAUAUUGUAGGAUUGCCAUUCAGGAGAACUUGGUCAGGCUGGAGGAAUGCACUACGGGAAUGUUACAAAGUUCAGCAAGGGCAAGUGCAAAGUCCUGCACUUGGGAAGGAAGGAAGAAUGAUACUGCAGCACUGAACGCUGGACCCUGGCUGCCUGGGACGCAGCUCUGUGGAAAAGAACGUGGGGUCCUGUUGCUCAAUGAAGCAGGCAUGAACCUGCAGUGUGCCCUGGCAGCAAGGAAGGGCACCGGCAUCCCAGGCUGUACUGACAAGAUCAGAGCCAGUAGUGUGAAGUGAUUAUGCCCUCAACUCAGCCCUCAUUAGACCACAUCUAGAUACUGCAUCCAGUUUUGGGACCCCAAUACAAGAAAGACAUCUGUAAACUGGGGUGAGUUCAGUGGUGUCCCCCAAGACUGUCAGAAGUUAGAGUACUUGGCCUGUGAGGAGAGGUUGGAGGAGCUGCACUUGACGAUCCUGGAGAUGAGACAUCUUCAGGGGAACGUAAUAGUGGCCUUCCAAUAGAGAUGGGGAAGUUUUCAAGAAGAUAGAGCCAGACCCUUCAGGGUGAUGUGUAUUGGAAAGAUCAGAAACAAUGAGCAUGAACUGAAAUGAGAGAUUUGGAUGGGAUAAAAGAAAAAGUUUUUUUACCCUGAGGGCAGCCAAGCAGUGGAACAAAUCAGGCUAGAGACUUCCUGAGUUCCUACCAGCUCGAGUCAUCUUGUGAUCCCUGAACUGCUAGCACUCCCUGCACACACAGUUACCAGGGAAGAGGGAGGAAUGUCUGAAGUUGGCUACAGUUUAGUUGGUCUGAAUUGGCGCUUUGCAGGGUGGGGAGUGGGAAGAGCAGUGUUGAAAAUGACUGGGGCUAUAUGGUUAAACCGGACACCACCAGAAAGCCGUCCCUGUGUACUCAGAAAGCUGUUCUCUCCGUGCUAGCUAGCGCAACUCCUGAGCUACAUAGUGAAGAAAAUCGUGCAAAUCAAAGCGCCGAUGAAAAAAGGUCAGUGAAAAGGGAGAAUCAGAAUUUUUUUGUUGCAAUACAUGCUUUAUGCAUCUUUAUCUUGCAUCUGUUUAUUCUGUAUGUGGACCAGGAACAUCAUCCUUUAUUAAUCUUCAACCUGUUCUGGCACUUUGGUGAAAGCAACAGUUAGAGAAGAGCAGUGUAACUUUUGCCAAAGUUGCAGCAUGAGUAAUGAUUCUCCCACUUGGAGCUCAGUAAACAGAACAGAUGGGUUGUUUCUUCUUUCCCCUCACCUUUGUAAGUGUUGCUGGUACAAAAAGGUGACAGUAUUCUGCCCCAGACACGGCUGCGUGUCAGCAUUGGAUGAAGAAGUUAGAGAACUGAUUUUGAAUUAUGGCAGCUGAUGCUCUACCACAUUCAUCACACUAGUGUAAUUUCUCUGCCUCAGUCUGCUAAAUGGGCAGUGUGGAUCUGCAACAUGCAGCUUUUCCAUUUCUGUGAAAGCUGUAAGAAAAGCAAUUAAGAAACUAUUUGCUUCCUCUGGGGGAUGUAUCUUCUGAGAAGUAUAAAAGGAAGAUUCUGCAUAACUGUUGGCACCAGUAGCCAUUGCUCCUGCGGUCAAGAAUAAAACGUAGAAAUUAAAUAGAAGAAAUCAGGGUCUAAAUGAGAAAUCUUUCAGCUGGUUCCUGGAGGUAGGGAGUGUGCCCUUAACUGAGAAGAAGUGACUGACUUUGUGCUUGUGCCUGUGCUUUUGAAGAGGCAAAUUCCUUAUAUGUGUAUUCCUCUAGAGCUUUAGCACUGGUAAUCUGGUUCUGUGUCAUGUUUAAAAGUGCAUCCAGAGUCCACUCCGGUUUCUAGAUUAAAUCAUAUCAUCUAAGAGAAAACAGAUUAUAAACCCCUGUCUUUGUUUCUUUCACACUUGUUAUUUUUGUUUUGCUACAAAUGCAUAUAUGCAUUGUCUUACCAUGUCAAAGAUCUGCCCUUACUAAAGCACUUUCAUUGAAAUGUCAAGAACUGUGUUUUCAGCCAAUGAUCACUACAUCUAUGCACAUUUAUAUUUAAUUUAUAUUUACAAAAGAUGUACAUUGGCAUUCUAUGUAAUGAUUUCAUCCUUUUGACAAAAUAUUUGAUAUUUUAGUAUUUUCUGUAUGUUGAGCCUUCAGUGAGUGAUUGAAUGUACCUUAUUGGUAACAAUGUGUUCUCAGUGAAAUAUUUCCUGCCCUCCUCCACUGAGAGGGAGAUGGUUCGGUAUUGUCACUUACUGGAUACAGCUUGAAGAGUAUCAUUAGGCACUGAAAAAACAGUAGCACUUCAGGAUUCCAGUUGAUCUUUUUGUAAAGAACAAGUAUAGGGUCUGUAAAGAGAAACUAUCCACUGUUCAGAUUUAUGGAGGUAAAAUUUGAGUAAUUGACAGUAUAUGAUUUUUUAAUAAUUGAUGUGUGACAUAUUUUACUACUACAAUACAUAGAACACUAACAAUUAUG